CUCUCCCAACCCAGCGCCGCCACCACCUAACCGAGCGCCAACCGCCACCGCCAUGGCGGGCACCGAGCGCCGCGCGCACGUCGUCCUGUUCCCGUUCAUGGCGCAGGGGCACGUCGCGCCGUUCCGCUGCCUGGCGGAGCUGGUCCGCCGCACGCGCCCCGACGCCCGCGUCACCGUGGUCGCCACUCCUGGGGUGGCCGAGCCCCUCCGCGCCAGCCUUGACGUCGCCGUCCGCGUCCACGAGCUGCCGUUCGACCCGGCCGGCCACGGCCUCCCCGCCGGCGCCGGCACCACGGCCGGCAUCGGCUCCCACCACCAGCUCAUCGCCCUCUUCGCCGCCUCCGAGUCCCUCCGCCCGGCGUUCCGGCUCUUCCUCGCGGGGCUCCGGGCCGCGGACCCCGCCGCGGCCGUCCACGUCAUGGCGGACAUGUUCCUGGGCUGGACGCUGGGCGUCGCCCGCGACGCCGGUGCGUCACACUCCGCCGUGAUCACCACCGGCGGCUACGGAUCCGCGGUCUACUUCUCGCUCUGGAACGCCGUGCCGCUCCCGCUCCCGGCGGCCGCCGCCUCCCCCGACGACGCGUUCAAGCUGCCGCCGUUCCCGGACGUCGCCAUCCGCCGCUCGCAGCUCAGCCACCACCUCGCCGCCGCCGACGGGAAGGACGCGUGGUCCACCUUCAUUCACAAGCAGAUCGCCGCCUUCACCCACACCGACGGGCUGCUCGUCAACACAACGGAGGACCUGGAGCCCAAGGGACUAGCGAUGCUCCGCCAACUCUUCAACGUCCCGAUAUACCCGGUUGGCCCGCUGCUCCGCGCCACGGCGGAACCAGAGCCACCGCCGGCGCCGGCGCCGGGAGCGAAGAACGGCGGCGCCAUCCUGGAUUGGCUCGACAAGCAGCCUCCGGGCUCCGUGCUGUACGUCUCGUUCGGGUCACAGUUCACGAUCGGCGCGUCGCAGAUGACGGAGCUGGCGACGGGGCUCGAGCGCAGCGGGCACAGGUUCUUGUGGGUGAUCCAGCCGACGGCGGCGAGAUCCGGCCUGCCGGAGGGGUUCAUGGAGAGGGUGGAGGCGUCACGGGGAGGUCUCGUGGCGCGGUGCUGGGCGCCGCAGGUGGAGAUCCUGGCGCACGAGGCGACCGGCGCGUUCCUGACGCACUGCGGGUGGAACUCGGUGCAGGAGGCCCUCGGCGCCGGCGUGCCACUGCUCGGGUGGCCGCUCUCGGCGGAGCAGUUCUACAACGCCAAGGUGCUGGCCGAGGAGAUGGGGGUGUGCGUCGAGGUGGCGCGCGGGGCGCGCGCCGCGCUGGGCGCGGAGGAGCUCGCGGCAGCAGUGGAGACGGUGCUAGGGGAGACCGUGGAGCGCGCCGAGAUGAAGCGGAAGGCGGCGGAGAUGAAGGAGCUGAUCGCGGCGGCGAGGGGGAGCGGAGGCGAUGGGUCGUCACUAAAAGUGAUGGAGAGGCUCUUCGCCGACGUCAUGCAUUGUUGAUGUGACAAGACUUUCGUUGUUGUAAUUUAUGUUCUGUAGGGUCUUGUUUAAGAGAUUUGCUACAGCUCAAAUGCUUGAUUUUUAAGUUUGUUUAAGAGAUUUGCU